UCGAACAGCAAUGGCGGAGGCAAUGAAGCUAAGUAGAAAUCAUGCUCCUCCCAGUGACUCCAGUAAAAUGUCCAGCUAUACAGACUGUAUGGAUUCGUUACUGCAACUGCUAGCAGACUUCGGGGAAGAGCUGAAAUUUGGGGAUGCUGCUUUGAAAAUAGAUGUCAACCCCAGCGCUGUGAAUCUUCAAUCAUCUCCACCUGCUCAUGUUUACAGCUCAUUACAAGGACAUAUCGCUGAAUUACAGGCUGUUUCAGAAAGCCUAAAGGCGUUGUUGGAUGCUGAGGCUGAUGCAUCCUCUUUAAAGAACACAUCAGAAGAUGCUGUCAUCUCAUCUUCAAGCAGUGCACAGACGGCCACCCAGUCUGAGCACCAUUCGCACAGCUCCGGGGCUACAGAGAGCAAGACGGCGGCUGAUGACGUCAUGGUUCAGAUCCGAGCUGGGAAGUCAGAGAUUGAGCGAAGAAUAUCUGCAUUUAUGGAACGCAAGCAGAUGGAGAUCAAUGAAAACAAUGUACGCGAGUUUUGCAACGUGAUCGACUGCAAUCAGGAAAACAGCUGUGCCAGAACAGAUGCAGUAUUCACUCCUUACCCGGGUUUUAAAAGCCACGUAAAAGUCACACGAGUAGUAAACACUUACGGACCCCAGACCCGUAAUGGGGGAGACCAAGCAGAGGCUGGGGAUAAACAGAGGGGGCCACUGACGAGAGACUGUGGAAAUGCAGCCAUAGAGGAACGACUCAACAACAUCGAGGCUCACCUCAAACUUCCAGCAGUGGGUCCAGUUCCACUGAGUGUCUACCAGCGACUCAAGAAGUUGGAGGAUCGUAUACUCGAGUUGGAGGGACUCUCGCCUGAGUACUUUCAAUCCACAAGUCACCUGCACAAACGACAAAAGACGUCCCCUGCUCAGUCCUGCAGCCUGACAGAGCUGGAUGAGAAGAUAAGCGCAGUGAAAGCAGCUCUGCUGAAGAGGGCAACUGAGUUUGGGCCUGAAUUUGGAACAGAUUGUACAUUGUGAUAUAUUCAUAAGCACAAACAAAUACUCGAGUUCAGCUGCUCAAGCAUUCACAGUGUGUCAUCAUUUUCUUUUCCUCCAACUCUCAGCUACUCAUUAGCAGCAUUCUCAUCGUCUGUGUCAUUAAAAACUCCCACAAACUCUUCAUAUGACAUUUGACGAUAUUGGAUGGAAAUUGUGUACUGCUAUAACAGUUAAAUGAAAUAUAAAUUUUCUGUAAAUAAAUCUAUAUUUUCCUCCAUGAA